AAUUGACGGCGCGAUCCCGUGCAAUGUCAGUGCGCAGAUGUGUUUUCUGUAGUGUGGUUCGCAUAUUUUUUUACUAAACAUUGCCUACGCCUUCAUCAAAAUGAGGGUCCUCAUCGUGACAGCCUCAUUUUGGGUAUUAGUAGCUGCUAAACCCGAAAUGUACAAAGAGAAAGAAGACUUUCAAUAUUCAAGAAGUUCAUCUGACGAUGGGACUAAAUCAGGAUACUACGGAGCUCAGAGGGGUAACAUGGGUGGAAACUAUGAAAGAGCACAUAAUAUGGACUCUUUAGCUCAACAUCAUAUGAGCACACUAGUGAGAAAUGUUGACGGGGAGCUAGGCGAAGGGGCCAACACAAGGAGCGGAAGUGUAUUUUCCGCUGCCAACUCUAGAGGCCUUUAUGGAUCAGGCAACUACGAUUUAGGUUACCUUAAAGGAAGGAACUUUGGAGAAGGCAUGAGUUUCAGAGAUUCUAGUGCGCAUACCCCAACGGCUAAUUCAGGCCGUUCAGGUUAUUCCAGCUACGGAGAUCUAUAUUCCGCCGCAGCUGCGAAUAAUGCGAGAUACAGCAGCAGUCAAUCGCAGAAUGCUGGAGUUAGCUCUGGAUAUCAGAAGUCAGGUCUUGCUUCACAGUAUGUGCAUACUGAUGCGCAACAAGCAGCAGAUAAUAUUUACGACGCCAGCAACUAUGAACAUGACAGUCAAGCAGGAAGUAACUAUAAAUAUGCACAAAGCACUAAUGUAGCACAGUCUGACUAUGAAAAAAGUAACAGUGCCGGCUAUGAUUAUAAGACCAGAGGUAGUUUGAUUACACCAGUACGGAUCUAUAGUAUAAGACCUGGUAGCAGAGUAGCUAUUCCAGUAGUAGCGCAAGUUUAUGACGCGUCUGCAGUUCAAGAUCAGAAUGCAAUAAACUCAGAUUCAGACAUCUUAAGCACGAGUGGACAGCGACUGCGUUACGUGCCUACAAAUAAUGCGAAACAUUACGAAUCUUCCUACAGUUACCGUAAACAAUGGGAGAAAAAGGACUCAAUACCUGCAGUAACAGAAAUUCCUACGGAAAGUCCAUUUUCAAAAAACAGUGAGCUUUAUGAGGAUGCGCAAAUAUCUCAAACUUCCAACAAUCAGUAUGAAAGCGACCUAGCUUCCGCUGACAGUCAAUCAAGCAGUGCAAACGGCGCUUACUCAAGUGGAUAUAGUGGUAAUACAAGGACUGCGUUGUCUAGUCAAGCAAGACUUCAGAGUCAAACAUACAAUUCUGGAGCCAGUUCUUCAGAUGCAUACACUCAGAACGCUUACAAUUCAGGAGUUAGUGCUUCAAAUGCAUAUAAUCACAACACUUAUGAUGCUGGUGUAGCAGAAAAGCUUUUUGGAUCUCAUUUAUCGGAGAGUACAGCUAAUUCAAAUAACUUAGUUGAAAAUAUUGCUUCCAAACCAAAAAGCUAUCAUUCUUCAUAUGCGUACCAUAAAUCAUGGGAAAGGCGAGGAGAUCCAUAUGUUAUAAAGCCAGUAGGUGGUGAUAUAAAUGAUCAAACAUCACAAAGACUAACAGCCGCAUCUGCCAAUCAAGGUUACGGCUGUACUUAUUGCUUGGACCAGAGUCAGCUACGCAAAAGACGAUCAUUAAAUACAGAUGAAUACCAACAACGUGAAAACUUAUAUGAUGGUCAGAAAGAUAUAGGCCAACAACAGUCUAUGAGUGGAUGGGAACAAGAAUUGGGCCAGCAAACAGAUAAAUGGCAAAACUUCGAAGAUCUUGGACAACAAACGCAAAAUAAAUGGGAUGAUUUAGAAAGUCUCAAUCAAAAACCUCAAAGUCAGUUGGGUAAACUGGAGGAUUUAGAUCAACAAACACAGAACCAGUGGGACAAGGUAGAAGACUUAGGACAACAAACUCAAAAUCAAUGGGGAAAAUUAGAAGAUUUAGGUCAGCAACCUCAAACUCAGGAUAAACUAGAAGAUUUGGGUCAACAAACACAAUCGCAUUGGGGUAAACUAGAAGAUUUAGGUCAACAAAUUCAAAGUCAGUGGGGCCAAUCAGAAGAUUUAAGUCAGCAAUCACAAAAUCAAUGGAAUAAGUUAGAUGAUUUAAGUCAACAACCUCAAACUCAGGAUAAACUAGAAGACUUGGGUCAACAAACACAAUCGCAUUGGGGUAAACUAGAAGAUUUGGGCCAGCAAAUCCAAAGUCAGUGGGGCCAAUCAGAAGAUUUAGGUCAGCAAUCACAAAGUCAAUGGAAUAAGUUAGAUGAUUUAAGUCAGCAACCUCAAACUCAGGAUAAACUAGAAGAUUUGGGACAACAAACACAGUCACAAUGGAGUAAACUAGAAGAUUUAAGCCAACAAACUCAAACUCAGGAUCAACUGGAAAAUUUAGGACAGCAGACUCAAAAUCAAUGGGGCCAAUUAGAAGAUUUAGGUCAACAAUCUCAAAGCCAAUGGAAUAAAUUAGAUGAUUUAAGUCAGCAACCUCAAACUCAGGCUAAUCCAGAAGAUUUGGGUCAACAAAUCCAAAAUCAGUGGGGUCAAUUAGAACAAUUAGGUCAACAAUCACCAAGGCAAUGGUAUAAGUUACAUGAUUUAAGUCAGCGACCUCAAAAUGAGGAUAAACUAGAAGAUUUAAGUCAACAAACACAAUCUCAUUGGAGUAAACUAGAAAAUCUUGGUCAAAGUACAGGGGGAUAUUUAGUUAACGUGGGACAGCAGACACAAAAUAAGUGGAACAAAUUAAAUGAUGUAGAUCCGCAAGAAAAUCUGGGACAGCAAGGUCAACCACAGAAUGUAGUAAACAUCGGCCAAGAAACACAGUUUACGCAAAAUACUUAUGGAGAAUAUCCAUUUUAUAACCCAUGGACUAUGGAUGGAAGAUUUGUUACAUAUAACGACAACAGAAACAUACCUGAAUUACCAUAUGCACAAGAAUCACAAGAGAAUAUAAACAGGAAGAACUGCCACAAUUUCGAAGAUGGAAAUUAUUUCCACCAUCAUAAUUUUGGUUUUAAAGAAAGUCAAGCUGCCACUCAUAGUUCGGAUUUUUUAUUUAAUAUUAAUCAAAUUGUUUACCCAGAAGAAAAUCCUGCACCAAACCAAAAUCAUGAACUAUUACCUAAAAGUGAUACAAACAUUUUAAGAGAAACAACUACCAUUGUCUCCGUUACUACAGAUGAUAAGAAACCAGGAUCAAGCAAUAAAGAUGAGGCCAAAGAAAACAAUUCUUCUAAUGUCAUCACACAUCCUAUUGAUAUUGGGCGGGGAGAUAUAGGUCCAGAAGAUACGUCGAUAGAAAUAACUAAUAUUGAUAGUAAAAAUAGUUAUAAAACUCCAGAAGAAAUAGAAUCGCUUAGUUUAGUAAAAGAUCAAAGAAAUGUUUUUGUAGAACCUUUAAUAUUAAGUGUGACGGGUCUUAACCAGCAUAGUGAGCCUGAUAAUAAACAUAAACUAUUUAAAGAGUUAAGCACGGUUAUAGAAUCAGUCACUACUUCUACCACCAAACCAAAACAAAUUAUUGAGAAUAAUGACAUGAAUGUUACACCAAAAUCUAGUUUUUCGAAUAAUCCUGUUUUUAAUCGCAGACAGAAGGAACCAAACCGAAUUCUUGCAAGUGAUGAACAACACCAUGAAAAACCGAUUGAGAUUUUACAGAACUUUGAACAACAAAACUGGGGGCAAGAAACCCAAAAUGUUGUCCAGCAAAACAUGGGACAACAUUUAGAGCCAUUUCAAGAACAAAACAUGGCACAAGAUUUAGAACCCCUGGAUCAAAAUUUCUUAGAACAAAACUUUGAGCCCUUUGAAGAACAAAAGAUGCGACAACAUUUAGGGAAUUUUGAAGAAAAAGACAUGGUUCAACAUUCAGAGCCUUUAGGGAGACAAAAUAUGGAAAGUUUAGAGCCCUUAGCAGAAGAACUUAGUGUUGUACCUCACUUAAACAACUUUGAGCAGCAAAAUUGGGGGCAACAAGCCCAGAGCCUGGACCAGCAAAAUAUGGAACAUUUAGACCGUUUUGAACAAGAAAAUCUUGGACAAAACUUGAUACCUUUUUCAAAACAAAAUAUGGAAGAAUUAGAAAGUAUUGAUAAAAAUACUAGACCAUUAGAUAUUUCUGAGAAACAAACUGUAGAGCAACUUGAUUUGCAUGAUAAAUUUGGGAAACAAUUUAAACUACCAACAGAUGAAAAUAUUGUACAGAAUUCACAAGACAGUUCAAAACAUGCACAGGAGCAAAUUAAUAAUCUGUCAAAAAAUCGUGAUUUGUCAACUCCUAUAGAACCAACUACAGAAAACCCUGGAUUUUGGGGUUCAGUAUGGAAUAAGACAAAAAGAGCUAAGGCUUCUGUAGUGUCUUGGUUUAAAAGUUAACUUGACUACAACAUAGUCAUAGAAUAAUUUAUGUUGAUGAUAAAUAUAAAAACUGCAUUAAAAAUUGUUGCCAUAUAAGACUUUACUUACAUCAGGUAAAGAAUGAAAGUAUUUAACAAAUGCUUGUUGCUGUACUGAAUCUGAAAAAAAAAACAAAUUUAAUUUAAAUAAAUUUAUGAGGAUUGU